UGCCUGGAACGUAGUUGUGAAGCUAUCUUGGUAACAGCUACUCUGUUUCCAUUAAGGUAUGACAGUUGCUGACGUUGCAAUUGAACCAGAGAAAAAUGACAAGAAACCUGGCGCAACACCCCCUGGAACACUCCCUAUUAUCCCCCCUGAUCCAGUACACAUGGCUAUACAAGAUAUAGCAAAGUUCACGGAAGUUACCGGGGGAGACAAGAGAGAUAAAGAAUACGAGGUUUGGGUUGACGUUUUUGCUCGAUCUUUAGGAACUUAUAAUGUACUUCUUUUUUUGUACGAAUGUAUAUAGACUAUAGUAAUAAUAUUUAAUCAGGAAAACUUUUACAUUUUACAAUGAUUUUCAAAAAGGACUUGAACUGAUACAUUAAACUACAUUAAGCUAAUACAAUAAAAUAUAGUACGAUCGAGGUAAGAAAUCUAAUAUCUAUACACAUUUGCAAAAUUACUCCAAUAAAAAUCCAUAACGUUUACGUUUAAAAAAAAAUAUCAGAAGAAAAAAAUGACAACUAUAACGGUUUAUAGGUGGUUCGAGGAAAUUUGAAAUGUAUUUAAAAUUUUGCUUUCUAGGAUUUAGAUCAAACAAAGACAGACCCAAAGACGUACCCAAGCAACACAUUGGACAAGAACAGAGCAGCCAACGUAGUACCAAGUUAGUAGUAAACUAUAAUAUGUAGAAAAGCAACGAGGAAUGGAAGGCCGUAUUGGGAAAAAUGGAUAUAUUUUAUAUAGGUACACAUAUCUAUCUAUUUUCUUUUCGUUUUAGAACCGGAAACAGUAGUAAAGCUAUCGGACGACAAUUCUUACAUCAAUGCCAAUUUUGUUAAGGUAAUAUUUUAAUUCUGUUUGUUAGUGUCCCAAAGUCUCUGGUUUCAGUGUUAUAACCACUGAGAUUACAUGCCCAACAAAUUGUGGCGUGUAAAUUACGUACCUUUUAUACCCUGCUUCAAAUUCAUGAGGAAAACACAAAGAAAAAUCAUAAGCGUGUCGUAUCUUUAUAUGUGAUAGAGAUUUCCCUUGAUUUACAUAACAUAUUUUUUUGAAAAUGUCUUCGCCAAUUAACUUAUUAGAUCGAUUGUUUUUGAAGCAAUUUAAAACAUUCGCAGUGCGUGUUUUAUCAGACAUAAAGAUAUUCAGCAUCGCCUCGUAUCUUCUUUUCCAGUGCCUAUAUGCUAUUGUACAUAAUUUCAGUGAAAAUUUAUUCCUUUUAGGAUCACCACGGUGUAGAGAGCUUCAUUGCAACACAGCAUCCAAUGUCAAACACCAUGAGAGAUUUCUGGUCUUUGGUAUGGCAGCAUGACAUCUCAGUCAUUGCAAUGGUCAAUGAUAGCGAGAAGGACUUGGUAUGUCAUCUAAUUUUUUUAGCAGAAUGA